AUAGGAAGUAAAAUCGGUUGUCAAGAGCAAUGUCAAAGACGAGAGUCGCGGUGAUUGGUACAGGGAUUAGCGGGCUGGUGGCAGCAACAAUGCUGACAAGGAGCGGCGCUGUGGAGGUGGUGUUGUACGAGAAGGAGGAUUACUUGGGAGGCGAUGCGAAGACUGUUGCCCACAACGACAUUUAUUUGGACUUAAGCUUCAUGUUUUUCAAUCGAGUAACACAUCCAAACUUGAUGGAGUUUUUCCAGAGUCUUGGAGUUGAGAUGGAGGAAUCCGACAUGUCAUUCUCGGUGAGCUUAGACAGAGGCCACGGCUAUGAGUGGGGGAGUCGAAAUGGAAUUUCGAGUUUGUUUGCACAAAAGACCAAUGUUCUCAAUCCAUACUUUUGGCAAAUGAUCCGAGAAAUUGCCAAGUUCAGGGACGACGCCCUGAUGUACCUUGAAGAUCUCGAAGACAACCCCGACAUUAGUCGCAACGAGACGCUGGGCCAUUUUAUCAAAUCACGGGGUUACUCUGAAGUAUUUCAAAAAGCUUACCUUUUUCCCGUGUGCGCUUCGCUCUGGUCCUGCCCUUCAGAAGGACCAAUCAACUUUUCUGCAUAUUCUGUUCUUUCACUUUGCCGCAGUCGCCAUUUGCUUCAGCUCUUUGGCCGUCCCCAAUGGCAUACUCUCAGAUGGGGUUCACAAAAUUAUGUCAAAAAGGUUAGAGAACAGUUGGAGAGCAGAGGUUGUCGAAUAAGAAGUGGUUGUGAGGUUCUUUCUGUUUCAACAGACAAUGGUUGCCUCAUAACCUGUCAAGAUGGUUCCCAAGAAACCUAUGAUGGAUGCAUAAUGGCCACAAAUGCUCCAGAUACUCUGAAAAUAUUGGGGAAACAAGCAACAUGUGAUGAAACCAGAGUACUUGGUGCUUUCCAGUACGUCUAUAGUGAUAUUUUCCUUCAUCGUGAUAAGAAUUUCAUGCCCCAAAACCUUGCUGCAUGGAGUGGUCAGAAUUUUCUUACAACUGCGGAUGACAAGGUUUGCUUGACAUACUGGCUCAACGUGUUACAGAAUAUUCGUGAUACAGAGCUACCUUAUCUGGUUACCAUAAAUCCACCUCACACCCCAGAGCAUACUCUGCUUAAGUGGUCAACUGGCCAUCCAAUCCCGUCCAUUGCUGCAUCAAAAGCAUCAAUUGAGCUUGAUCAUAUUCAAGGAAAGAGAGGAAUAUGGUUCGCCGGAGCAUACCGGGGCUAUGGCUUUCAGGAGGAUGGAGUGAAGGCUAGCCUAGUCGCUGCAAAUAGUAUUCUUACUGAAAGUUGUGCUGUUUUGAGCAUCCCCAAACACAUGUUACCUUCAUUCAUGGAAACAGGAGCUCGCAUUUUCGUUAUUAGGUUCCUUGGACAGUAUAUCUCUACUGGUAGUUUAAUUUUAUUGGAGGAAGGAGGUUCAACUAUCACCUUUGAUGGAACCGGAAAGAAGUGUCUUCUUAAAACUUCUCUGAGAGUUCACAGUCCCCAGUUUUAUUGGAAGGUUGCUACACGGGGUGAAUUGGGACUUGCAGAUGCAUAUAUUCAUGGGGAUUUUUCACUGGUUGACGAGAACGAAGGUCUUCAAAACUUAUUCAUGAUUUUCAUUGCCAAUAGAGACUUAAAGACUUCUGUCUCAACAAAAAGGGGCUGGCGGACACCAUUGCUUUUCACUGCUUGUAUUGGAUCUGCGAAAUAUUUCUUUCAGCAUGUUUCAGGACAAAACACUCUAACACAAGCUCGCAGGAAUAUCUCUCGUCAUUAUGACCUGAGUAAUGAACUCUUUGCUCUUUUCCUGGAUGAAACCUUGACAUACUCCUGUGCAAUAUUCAAGUCCGAAGACGAAGACUUGAAAGUAGCGCAGAUGAGAAAAAUCUCUCUUCUAAUUGAAAAAGCAAGAAUCAAUGAGGAACAUGAAAUUCUUGAGAUUGGAAGUGGUUGGGGAAGCCUCGCCAUUGAAGUUGUUAAGAGGACUCGAUGCAAUUAUACUGGCAUCACUCUGUCGGAGGAGCAAUUAAGAUUUGCAGAAAUGAAAGUGAAGGAAGCUGGUCUUCAGGACCGCAUAAAGUUCCUUCUUUGUCACUACCGCCAAUUACCUGACACCUGCAAAUAUGAUAGAAUUAUUUCUUGUGAGAUGAUAGAACAUGUUGGCCACGAAUACAUGGAGGAGUUUUUUGGUUGUUGUGAUUCACUAUUGGCAGAUGAUGGGCUUCUUGUUCUACAGUUCACAUCAAUACCAGAUGAGCGGUAUGAUGAGUACAGGCGAAGCUCAGAUUUCAUUAAGGAAUAUAUUUUCCCUGGUGGUUGUUUACCUUCAUUAAGUAGAACAACAUCAGCAAUGGCUGCUUCAUCCAGACUCUGUGUUGAGCAAGUUGAAAACAUAGGGUUACAUUACACCAAAACACUCGGAUGUUGGAAGGAAAACUUCCUCAAACACUGGAGUGAAAUCAUCUCAUUGGGAUUUGAUGAAAAGUUCAUGCGGAUGUGGGUGUACUAUUUUGAUUAUUGCAUGGCUGGUUUCAAAACUUGUACGCUUGGGAAUUACCAGAUGGUAUUCUCGCGUCCUGGCAAUGUCUCUGUACUCGGCGAUCCAUACAAGGGUUCACCUGCUGCUUACUGGUCAUCUUCCACAAGGUGAUCACGCAGUUUCUCUUCAACAAUUCAUUUCCUUCUACCCUCUGAAGAUGAAUCCGACCUAUUCGAGCCCUGAAAAGUCGUUUCUUGUUGUUUUUGUACCAAGUCUUUCUUGUUUAUUUUGGUAUGUUCGUGAGCCAACUGGAUUUUACCAUAAGCCGCGUUUUGAACACUUAGACACAGAAUAUGAUCGAAUGUGAACAUUGACGACAUUGAUGUAAGAUUAAGCAUGUGUGCUGAGUUUUGCUUGAUCGUUUGGAUAAAUUUGUUUUCCUUACAAUUUGGGAAUUCAAAGCA